AUGGACGGGGCUGGGAGCGUGGGUACCCCUGGUAGUGCUGGGGGCUCUGGAGGAGACAGCCUGCCAAGGCGGACUGACGGGGACCCAAAGAGGCGCAGUAAAGGCAGCCUGCCCUCCCCAGGUUACAGACUGUCCCAAGCAUCACUGGAGGGAGAAAGGGGCUCCUUCGGUGCAGACAGCUCUUCACUGGGUGGACGUGGUCGUCGUCUUUCCAUCAUGAGUUCCUCCCCAAGGGAUGGCCUUUCCUUUCGCACAGCGGGCACUCCAACCACACCGGUACCCCUGCCUCUGCCCCCACCAUCCUCCUCAUCCUCAGCCCAUCCUCCACCUCUUCCACGCUCAGUGGGCUUCGCCACGCCCCGCACUGCCCUGGCCUCCACCUCGUCCACUGGGACAGGAGUCAUGGUAGUGGCAACCGGUGCAGAGACGACCACCACGGCCUGUAACACCACUGCAGCUGGGACCCCCGAAACUAUGGGUCAGUCCGGGCUUGGUGGGUUUGGCAUAAGCCUGGAUGGAGAGGAUUACAGCAACUCCAACCAGAGCACCUUCAUCCAGAGGCAGUUUGGAGCCAUGCUUCAGCCAGGGGUCAACAAGUUCAGCCUGCGGAUGUUUGGAUCCCACAAAGCUGUGGCCUUGGAGCAGGAAAGACUCAAAUCAGCAGGAGCGUGGAUCAUACACCCUUACAGUGACUUCAGAUUCUACUGGGACCUGUUGAUGUUGGUGCUGAUGAUGGGCAACUUGAUCGUCCUGCCAGUGGGGAUCACAUUCUUUCGAGAUGAGAAUACUCCUUCAUGGAUCAUCUUCAACGUGGUCUCUGACACCCUCUUCAUGGUUGACCUGGUUCUCAACUUCAGAACCGGCAUCGUGAAGGAAGACAGCACCGAGAUAUUGCUUGACCCCAAGGAAAUCCACCAGAACUACCUGAGGAGCUGGUUCCUUGUGGACUUUGUGUCAUCCAUCCCUGUGGACUACAUCUUCCUGAUGGUGGACAGUCUGGACUCGGAGGUCUACAGGACAGCCCGGGCGCUGCGGAUUGUCCGCUUCACUAAAAUCCUUAGCCUGCUCCGGCUGCUCCGCCUGUCCCGACUUAUCCGCUACAUUCACCAGUGGGAGGAGAUCUUCCAUAUGACCUACGACCUUGCCAGUGCCAUGGUUAGGAUAGUAAACUUGAUCGGUAUGAUGCUCCUGUUGUGCCACUGGGAUGGUUGCCUCCAGUUUCUGGUCCCCAUGCUGCAGGACUUCCCUUCUGAUUGCUGGGUUUCCAAGAACCUGAUGGUGAAUGACACAUGGGGCGUGCAGUACUCCUAUGCUCUAUUCAAAGCCAUGAGCCAUAUGUUGUGUAUUGGGUACGGCGCCCAGGCUCCUGAGGGGAUGACUGAUGUGUGGCUCACCAUGCUCAGUAUGAUCGUUGGCGCCACCUGCUACGCCAUGUUUAUUGGCCACGCCACCGCUCUCAUACAGUCACUGGACUCCUCACGACGGCAGUACCAAGAGAAGUACAAGCAGGUGGAGCAGUAUAUGUCCUUUCAUAAGCUUCCUGCAGACCUGCGACAAAAGAUCCAUGAGUAUUACGAGCAUCGCUUCCAGGGGAAAAUGUUUGAUGAGGAGAACAUUCUGGGAGAGCUUAGUGAGCCACUGAAAGAGGAGAUAGUCAGUUUCAACUGCCGGAGCCUGGUGGCCAACAUGCCGCUGUUUGCCAACGCCGAUCCCAACUUUGUAACUGCUGUGCUGACCAAGCUCCGCUUUGAGGUGUUUCAGCCAGCUGACUUUAUCAUACGUGAAGGAACGGUUGGACGCAAGAUGUAUUUCAUUCAGCAUGGACGAGUCAGUGUGCUGACCCGUGGCAACAAGGAAACCAAACUGAGUGACGGGUCUUACUUUGGGGAGAUCUGUUUGUUGACGCGUGGACGAAGAACAGCCAGCGUUCGUUCAGAUACAUACUGCCGUUUGUACUCGCUCAGCGUGGACAGCUUUAACGAGGUUUUGGAGGAACACCCAAUGAUGCGACGUGCCUUUGAAACUGUUGCUGUGGACCGUUUGGACCGUAUUGGAAGGAAGAACUCUAUGCUGCUUCGGAAGUCGUCCCAAGUUGGCUCUCUUGGAGGUAGUAUGGGUCGUGGUGGAGGCCGUGGUGGAGGUCCUGGAGGUGCAGGUGGCCUUGCGGCAGGCGGUUUGGGGUCCUGUGACAGCAUGCUAGUGCAGCAGAUUGUUAAACACGACAGCAUGCCAGCCAUGCAGGACACCAUUGCAGCUGCUGCUGCAGGAAGAAGUGGUGUGAUUGGAGGGAGUGGCACAGUGUCCCCUCGACCACGCCCUGUUAUCUGGGCACCACUGGUCCAUGCUCCGCUGCAGACUGCAGCUGCCACCAGUAAUGUAGCCAUUGCAUUAAUGCACCAGCAGCAGCAACAACAGCAGCAGCUUCAGCAGCUCCAGCAGCAGCAUGCUCUUGCAGGAGGUUUCUUCCUGCCUUCACCUCUGAUUUCCCCUUCUCCUUCAUCCUCCUUUCCUCUCUCCUCUCCUCGUGCUCCUGUGCUACAACCCCUUCGCCCCUCUGUGAGCUCUCUUAUUGGGAUGAUGACGAUAGGAGGAAUGAGUGGUUUGUCUCCAAGAGGAUUUCCCAUUUCCCCUUCGACUAUGGGCCCACCAGGUGGGGUGACAUCACCUCCAGUUGCUAAAACUCCACCAGCUCCAGCCUCAUCUGUCCCAACUUCUGUUCAACAAGGACGGACUCUUCAUUACGGUCCUCGCUUUCCGUCUGAUCAUUCCUCGUUACCUGCCGGAGCAGUUGUUAUCCCGACAGGGGGAGGGCCAGCUUCACCACUUCACAAGGUACCAACCCCCACCCCACCUGCUUCUUCCAGUGGACCAUCCGAUGGGAAUGCGUAUCAGCAGGGUGCAAAAGAGGCUCUGCUACGUCAUGGAGGAAACAGCGGUCAGGGUCUACCAGCAUUGGGCAGACUCACCCAAGAGGCCAGGCUGAUGUCGGCCUCUCAGCCCACUUUGCCUCAUCGUUCCUGGGCUGCAGUGCAGUCUCAUCCUCCUCUCCACCGGAAGGCAUCUGGUGGGAAUUUGUUGGCAACUCCUUUCCUUGCAGGACAGUUGGUCCAGGGCAGCAGUGCUGGCAUACUGACCUCUAACCCUCCACUUCAGCUGUUGACAAAUAUACCAUUUACUGCCCAAGCAGUUCCUGCAAACAUAGCCCAGUACACACAAUCUGCAGCUCAUGCUGCCUCUGUACCUAUACCUACAGCUGCACACAUACCUUCUACACAUGCAUUGCCACCCUCCUCUCCUCCAAAACAGGCCUCACUAUCCUCAGGCACUCCUUCAUUUCCUUCAUCUUUACUUUCCCAGACAACUUACCCAAAGCCAAUCCCAACAACCCCUUCUCGCUCCUCCUCCCCUCCACCCUGCUCCACUCCACCUUCAGCGGGAGCCAGCCCGCUAUCCACUCCUCGUCCCAAACCGAUUCCCACACCCUCUCCUCGAUCCUCCUCCCCUUCUCCAUCCUCCACGCCUCCUUCUUCUUCUGUUUCAACCCCAGUUCCUCUGUCUCAACUCUAUGGGCCCAGGUCAUCUCUUACUUCCUCCUCUCCCCCAUCCUCUUUGCUCUCCUCUUCUCCACCACAUCCUCAGAGCCCCAGAGCAAAGGCAUCCAACACCCCCCCUUCUGCCUCACCAUUGUCUGGUCCCAGUCCUGCCCUGACCCCAGUUGCUUCACCAGCAAUAACUCCCACCCAGACAACUCGUACCCGACCUUCCACUCCAACCCAGACAAUCACGCCCGCCUCCUCUCCAUCCCCUGUCCCUGCAACAUUUGGCCCCUCUUUGAGUAAAUCCCAGAGUCCGACACCUUGUCUCCAGUCCUCUGUCUCAAGCUCAUCUAGAGGUCCCACCUCAAGCCAGACCCCAAAGCAAACCUCACCUCUUACUCCAAACCAAACUUCAACCUCUGCCUCCACACCUGUAACCACCAACACCCCAACAAAAGUUACUUUCUCUGUUCAUCCUGUUAAACAAACCUCCCCUGUCCUUAUUCAAUGCUCCACUUCCAGUUCGAGCAGAACCACCCAAAAACUCCCAUCAACACCUUCACCUUCAACAACUAUUUGUCCAAAUAUUCAGUCCUCUCAGGCAUCUACCACUGCACCCACCCAGACAGCACAUUCAGCCAACUCCACCACACCUAAAGGUGGGAAACAGGACCCUCAGCUGACACUCACCAGAACAGACUCAGAAGGACUUAGGCACAAACUGCCAGCGAACAUGUAA